GCGUGUUGGGAGGGGGAGAGUGGGAGGCAGCGGGACAAAAACAGCAUUUUCAUUCAAGCUUUAGCCUUAGGUAUAGUUGCCAGGUUAACUUUAAAGUAGCCAGAUUUUUUGUUAAAGAUGUUAAAAGUUUAAUUGCUUCUUUUCUUAAACUGAAAUGGCACAACAUGUAACCUACUAGCUUUCGACCAUAAUUUGUUGUCGAUUAUUGCUGCGCGAGGACAGCAGUUAAUUAGAACUUUGUAUAUUUUGCAGCCUGUUUCGGAAAGUUCAGCUUUGAGUAUGCCAGGUUACACGAUUCAAGUUUUGUGAAAGAAGAUAUUCAGAACUAUGAAAGUCACUUCGGAAGACGUUACUGCCUACGAUUCAUGUUCAUUGUGAGAAUAAUUGUGAGGAUACCCUUAUCGGUAUUUUUUUUUUUUUAAAGGAGGCUACGCGAGUUUUAGAUGUCAUCGCUUUGAUUUGGACAUCACCUCAGUUUUAAAUGAAAACCAAUAGGAAAUUGUUUUUACAUACAAAUGCAAACAAAUCACUGAAGCAAAUACAAGAUUUUGCCUAAUUAGCAACAAUGUCUGGCGUGGUGCGCACACUUAGCCGGUGUCUGCUCCCCGCCGAGGCGAGUCGAGAGCGAGGUAACAGCAAGGACAGAAACCGGGAUCGAGAUGUGAACCAGGAGCGAGAGGCAAGGCGCCGAAGUAGAGAAAUCGAUGCCAUGCUUGCCCGUGAGAGACGCUCUAUCUGCCGCUUGGUCAAAAUACUACUACUUGGAGCCGGAGAAAGUGGAAAAUCAACAUUUUUAAAGCAAAUGAGGAUUAUACACGGAAAAGAGUUUGACCAGAAAGCAUUACUGGAUUUUCGAGAUACCAUCUUCGAGAACGUUAUAAAGGGUAUGCGGGUGCUGGUGGACGCCCGGGACAAGCUGGGCAUUGCCUGGCAGAACACGGAGAACGAGAAGCACGGCAUGUUCGUCAUGUCCUUCGAGAACAAGGCGGGCGUGCCCGUGGAGCCCUGCACCUUCCAGCUGUACGUGCUCGCCCUGCGGGCGCUGUGGCAGGACGCGGGCAUCCAGGAGGCCUACGGGCGCAGGAGUGAGUUCCAGCUGGGUGAAUCAGUUAAGUAUUUCUUGGACAACCUGGACCGUAUUGGGCAGUUGAGCUACCUGCCAAGCAGACAGGACAUCCUGCUGGCAAGGAAGGCCACAAAGGGGAUUGUGGAGCAUGACUUCAUCAUCAAAAAAAUCCCCUUCAAGAUGGUGGACGUGGGCGGCCAGCGCUCCCAGAGGCAGAAGUGGUUCCAGUGCUUCGACGGCAUCACCUCCAUCCUCUUCAUGGUGUCGUCCAGCGAGUACGACCAGGUUCUAAUGGAGGACCGGCGCACCAACCGCUUGGUGGAGUCCAUGAAUAUCUUCGAGACCAUUGUCAACAACAAGCUGUUCUCAAACGUCUCCAUCAUCCUCUUCCUCAACAAGAUGGACCUGCUGGUGCAGAAGGUGAAGCAGGUCAACAUCCACAAGCACUUCUCUGACUUCCAGGGCGACCCGCACCGGCUGGAGGAUGUGCAGGCCUACCUGGUGCAGUGCUUCAACCGCAAGAGGAGGAACCGCAGCAAGCCCCUCUUCCACCACUUCACCACUGCCAUCGACACCGAGAACAUCCGCUUCGUCUUCCAUGCUGUCAAGGACACCAUCCUACAGGAGAACCUCAAAGAUAUCAUGCUGCAGUGAGGCUUCUGGUCCAAGCUGGAGCUCUCUGCCUGGAGAUGUGCCUUAUAAACAAUCUCUACAACAGUGGAGAGGCCUGUAUGCCAUAACCCACACACUGGAGUCCUGGAGAGCUGCAGCCUCCUGUUGUAGAGGGAACCAUUUCUGUGCCACGCCUCUGUAACACAUCCCUAACACAGACUCCAGUGUUCAUUGUCAUAUGCUAACCUGUGAUUAGUCUGUGCUUAUAAUGUCCAUUGCAUUCAUAGCUGAUAAGAGUGAACUGAUAGUCAUAUGAUUGGUUCUGUGAUAGGAUUGCACAAGUAUUCCACAUUUUCUAUGUUAGUGAAAGUUUGCUGUCUAAAGCUGGAGGAAUCUCUUUAUCAUGGGAGCCUGUAGCUGUCACUGAUAUCUUGCAUACAUUUGCCUCACAAGAUCUGUGGGACGAGCCUUGAGUGGUUGCUGGAAGAUUAAGCUCAGGCCAUUUGGGGAAUUGUUAACAUUUCACUUGUCCUGGUUUAAAUUUGAAUAGAAGGGAAUGUUCAUCAUCUGGAAUCAGCAAGGGUCUUUUCCUUUUUUACCACUGGCUUAAAAAUGGUCUGAUAAUGCUUGUGGGAAAUGUACUGUCUUGUCUCAUUGAGGGCAAGCGCAUUUUACAUAUUCCUGCCAAUUAACUGCUGACCUGCUGAAUUCAACCAGUGUUCAUGCAGUGACCUUCGAUACACAUUUUUUGUGAAAAGCUUUGAAAAGCAAUACUGUGCACUGUGGGCCUUUAUGAAACUAUGCUUAAACGCCUUAAAUAGAUAAAGGUUAUUGUAAAGGACUAUGAAUAUUGGUGGAUCAGUGCAUUUACAGCAUUACACUGCCCAUUAUGCUCUCUGUCCUGUGUGCCUGUUGUGUGCUGUGUGUCUAUGCCAUUACACAAUGUAGUGCCUUAAAACAGGCAGGAAACAGAGCAAACCUCCAGCAAACCGGUAACUUCAACGGGCUCAUUGUAUAGGUGAACGGCAAAGCAAAAAUGUUAUUUAUCAGUUACGUGAUUUCGUUCAUCCUUACAAUGUCAUUCUCAUUGUUCAUGUCUUUUUUUCUCAGUCGUUUCAGAUUCUUAUUUCUUUAAUUAAAUGCAAAAGAUAAUAUACCUAAAUUUCAAAAUGCAGUGAAUCCAAGAGAGAAAGCCAUGGGAGCCAUUUUUUUUUGUUUCAAUGUGGGUGGUUGCCUGAAUGACUCAUUGUGUCAUGGUCUAGUAUGUGCGUUAUUUGAUCUAGUAUGUAUCUGAGUGGCAGAUGGGAAGCAUCCUCGCCAGUGUACUGCUGCAGUUGGUAGGGUCUAUGUAUUCACAGCAUAAAAAGUUCGUAUUUCAUGUCAUUUUCAAGUCAGUGUCAGAUGGUUUCUUGCAGUUGCUUCAUGUACUCUAAAUAGCCUUCUUGGUUUGUUUACUAUUUUUUCCUAAAUAAUGAAUGGUGAUCAUUGACCACUGAAUUUUUACUAACUUGUUGUAAAGACUUUUUUGAAUCAAUAAAUGGCACAGAGUGUUCACAUCAUAUUGUACUGACCAUUCCACAUUUACAUUUUUACCAAGUUAUUUUACAAAUUGCAUCUUAGUUUUAAGAGUUAAUAACGGGGAGAUGCCUGCUGGAUUUUUCUUGCAGAAUCAGAAUUAAAAUUCAUGAUUCCAAACAUGCACAUAUGAUUGAAUGCCCAAAUGGUAGUAAAGGUGACUGCAAAUAAUUUGAUUGAACAGUUGUGUAUUAUAAAUACCAUGUACAGUUAUAUUCUAAUGGUGUCUUCCAUUUUGAAUGUCAGCCUUUUUGAGCUGGGUUUUCUUUGUGCUGUUGGUGUUAUUUUACUAAUCAAUCACUCAUUUUAGUUGAUUUCAUGCAUGCUCUUCUGUAACAAGGAAGCAAGUCACAGGGUUGUUCAAGUUGAUUUUCUAAAAGGGUUGUUCAUUUUUAUUUUUUCUUUGAAUUGUGAUGUGUGGAUUUGCCUGUAUUUUUACUCUGGGCUAGGGAAAUGUCUCAAACAUUUUACACUGCAAAUGCUGACUGUCAAACUUUAAAAUCUUCAUGAAUCACUGCCAGUUUACGGGCACCUUUGUUUCUGUUGGGCGGAAUGAAAAUCAUAGUUUUGUUUCAAAGGAUUUUUGGAUUCCUUAAAAUGCAACUACCUGUGAUGUAGGCUAGUUACAUCAAAUUGUGAUAUAAGAUGCCAGUAUUGUAACUGUUCAUGCCACUUGGCUACUCGAAAUACUUAACUAAUAUUUCACAUUAGAGCUGAGUCAGCAGAUGUUUUGUUGUGAAAUAUCCCUUUGUGUGAUUUUCAUGCCCUGUCACAUCCUGUCACAAGUUACAGGUUAAUAUGUCUAGUUGGGAGUGAUCCAUGCUUGCAUGCUCAAAUCACUGCCCUACUUCUUCCUAAUCUUCAAAAGCUGUCCCAUUUUUUGUAAAAUAUUCAAGGAUCAACUGUAUUGCAGUUGUUUUGUAUAUAAGAAUUGUAUAAAUACAUUAAAUGUACUUUAUGUUGUGUAGAA